AUGUCACACAGCGGUAUCAAAACUUUACCAGAAUUUAUUAUAGCUGAAUCUAACUCUGGAGCGAAAGAAUGGGAGGCUUACAAGCGCGACUUUCUUGUCCAUUUAGAUGCUCUGGGACUGGACGACAAACCCGGUAAGAGGAAAGUAGGAUUAUUACUAGCUAACAUGGGCCGGGAAGCUGUGAAAAUCUACGAUUCGUUCACAUGGGCUCCACAAAUAGAAGAGGACAGAGACAACAACAUCGAGGCACAACCGGGAGAGAAUGAACAUGAUCUAGAGACAGUAUUCAAGAAGUUCGAUCGUCACUUUGGGGUCCAUAACUAUCGAAACAUUAAAAGGCAAGAAUUCUUGAAAACCAGGAGAGGCAAAAAUACAAUAAUGGAUUACAUAUCCGAGCUGAAACGUAAAGCUGAAUUUUGUGAGUACGGAGAGCAGAAAGAAGGGUUGAUAUGUGACAUGAUAAUUAACGGUGUCAAUGAUAUGAAAUGUUCAGAGAAGUUAAUGGAAAUUCCCGCUGGCGAAUUAACCCUGGAUAGGGUCAUUCAAACCUGUCGUCAAGUCGAAUUGACCAACGUGCAUUUGAAAAAUUUGGACGCUGAAAACCCAUCAGUAAAUUUUGCGAACACAAAAUAUAACACAAGCUACGAGAAACCAAGGACAUUCGGACAACCAGUGCAGCGAGGGCAGAGAGGAGGAAGCAGAUACCAAGGUACGCAUCCGUAUUGUGCAAAUUGCAGCAAACAUCAUAUUAAAGGACAUUGUCCAGCAUUUAACAAGCAUUGUGAUGCCUGUGGGCAGAAAGGACACUUUAAGCAUUCAAACCUAUGUCAAAGUCGUGCAGCACCACCAAGAGGUCAUCAGAGAAGUCGGAGAAAUUUCAGAGGAAGAGGACACCCUCCGCGGCGUUCGCGAGUAUAUUAUGCGGUAGACAAUACACCUCAUGACAACUCUGAGCUAGAAGAGAUGUUUAAUCAGUGCACAGUACAAGAUGUGUGGACCGCGAGUACAGAUACUAAUUCAGAGUCAACCGGUGAUUGGAAAGUUACAUUUGACAUUGGCAACAAGAAAUUAACCUUGGACAUUGAUAGCGGUGCACAGUGCAACAUAUUAUCCAAAACAAGUGCCGAGAAAUUUUUGUCCGUUGCUCCGAUCACUGAUAGUAACGUUAUUAUCAAUGGCGUAAGCACCAAAGUUAAAGGAUUUGGACAGAUAAGCUUACCAUGCAAAUACAAGGACACAGAAAGACUAGUUAGUUUCCAAGUGAUUGACAAUCCUCGACCCUUACAGUUACUUGGUAGGAAAGACAGCAUUCUAUUUGGCCUGAUCGCAAGAGUUAACAGUGUCAAUGUCAGUACCGCUACUGAGCAAUUAAGGAAAGACUAUGCAGAUGUCAUUGGUCAGGACAUUGGAUGCAUUCCUGGCGAAUACGAAAUAAAAAUCGACAAAACAGUGGCACCCGUAAUUCACGCACCAAGAGCUAUUCCAGUAGCUAUUCGUGAUCAAGUAAAAUUUGAGCUUGACAACUUAGUUCGUUGUGGCAUCAUAUCUCCAGUAACAGAACCGACUCCAUGGGUCAACAGUAUGGUAUGUGUGCGGAAGAAAAAUGGCCGCGUGCGAAUUUGCAAAGAUCCAUCAGAUCUCAACAAGGCAAUUAUGCGUGAACAUUAUCCAAUGAACAGUAUCGAAGAUAGUGUGACAAGAUUGCACGGAAGCAAGUAUUUUUCAACCUUGGAUGCUAACAUGGGCUACUAUCAGAUCAAAUUGUCUAAGACCAGUUCUAUGUUAACAACAUUUAACACACCCUUUGGAAGAUACCGAUACCUUCGUAUUCCAAUGGGGUUGAAAUGUUCCGGUGAAGUUUUUCAGAGGGAGAUGGUGACUCAUUUUGGCAGCAUGGAAGGAGUAGAAAUCGUAAUAGAUGACAUAUUAGUUCACGGAAAGACCUUGGAAGAGCACACUGACCGACCCAAAAAGGUAUUGGAAAAAGCCCGAACCAUCGGAUUGAAGUUAAACUCAGCUAAGUGUGAACUUGUGAAACCGGAAGUUGACUAUGUUGGCCAUCGUCUCACAGGAGAAGGCUUGAAACCAUCAGCAGGCAGAGUAAAAGCAAUUCUUGAGAUGAAGGACCCAGAAGACAGAGGGGAACUUGAGACAGUACUUGGUAUGUUAGCUUACCUUGCCAAGUUUAUUCCAAGACUAAGUGAACUCACAGCUCCGCUACGGAAAAUGAAAACAAGUGAAACUUGGGACUGGGACGUUGAAUCGAAACAAGCAUUCACUAAUGUCAAGAAAGCACUUACCUCUACAGAUGUCUUGAAGUAUUUUGACGCCACUCGACCAGUGACUGUUACCGUUGAUGCAUCAAUGAAAGGCUUAGGAGCAGCGAUUUUGCAGAAAAAUGGAGUUUUGGCCUAUGCAUCUCGAGCUCUAACCUCAGCAGAACAGAGAUACGCGCAAAUCGAGAAAGAGAUGUUGGCGGUAGUAUUCGGAUGUGAAAUUUUCCACAAACUGCUGUAUGGGAAGUCUAAUGUGACAAUAGAAACUGACCAUAAACCACUGGAAGCCAUCAUGAAAAAAACCAUUCAUACAGCACCAAUGAGGAUACAAAAAAUGAUGUUAAGAUUACAGCCUUAUGAGUUCAAUCUCAUCUACAUUAAAGGCAAAGAAAUUGGAUUGGCAGACUGUCUGAGCCGACUACCAUUAGAGAACAGUGACGAAAGGCUGAUAGAUGAUGAAAUGAUGGUCAUGGUAGCUGAAACCUUAUCGUAUACAAACCAUGAAACACUAGUCGAAUCUACGAAGAAAGAUCAACAGCUACAAAUUCUGAAACAAGUUAUUUGCCAAGGAUGGCCAGAGAGGAAAUGUGAUGUACCACUUGAAGUCAUGCCAUUUUGGGACUUUCGUGAUGAACUAUCUACUUACAAUGGACUCAUCUAUCGUGGGGAGCGUACAGUCAUACCGUCAGAACUAAGAACAGUAACAUUGAAGACAAUCCACAGUUCUCACCAAGGGAUCCUUAAGAACAAACAGAAAGCUAGAGAAUUAGUGUUCUGGCCAGGAAUGAACAAACAGAUUGAAGAUGUUGUCAGCAGAUGCAUUGAUUACUAUUCAAACUUUAUUGAAGUAGCAGAGUUAGAAAGGGACACCAGAGCGAAAACUGUCAUAACAAAGAUCAAGGAGUGUAUUGCUCGUUAUGGUAUAAUGGACAUAUUAGUGAGUGACAAUGGUCCACAGUUUGCAUGCCAAGAAUUCAAAGAGUUUACAAGAGCAUUUGGGAUCGACCAUGUCACAUCAUCACCAUUACAUCCACAAUCAAAUGGACUUGCAGAAAGAUCAGUACAAACAAUCAAGAACAUCUUAAAGAAAUGCACAGAGUCUGGAGAUGAUAUGUACUUAGGGCUACUUGAUCUACGCAACACCCCCAGGGAUAACGAAAUCGGAUCACCAAUGCAACGUCUUAUGUCCAGGCGAGCUAAGACACUGAUACCCAUCAGUGACACAUUGCGAAAGCCAUGCAUUAUAGAACCAAACCUAGUCUCUACUCGUCUUAUGGAAUACAAACAGAAGCAAAAAUUCUAUUAUGACCAAAGUGCAAAACCAAGACCACAAUGUGAACUUGGAGAUUCCAUACGCAUUCAAACACCUGAUGGUUGGAAACCAGCAACCUACGUGUCAGCCUCUGUACAUCCACGUUCUCAUAUUGUUGAAGCUGGCAGUCAGGGAAGAACGUACCGCAGGAACAACUGUAAACUGAUGAAGACAAGGGAAGACCCGCAUGUGAUCCAACCCAAACAUGAAGGAUUUGCGUCGCCCACUCUUGAAGUUCCGAUCCUGAGAAAUCCAUCGGCAAACCAUUUACCACCAGCAAAGCCUAAACCAGCAUUACCAGAGGAGAAGCCAAAGGUUGAGCAGAAGUCCGAGCCGGGACAAGCACAAGAUACACAGCGAAGAUGUACACGUUCCGGACGAGCCGUCACAAAGCCAAAGUACUUAUCCAACUAUUCCGUGUGA